AUGGCAGAAACUACUCCUCACCGAAUUUUCUGCAUCCCAGAGCUGGUGGAGCAAAUCCUUCUCCAAAUGGAUAUGCAGACUUUACUCGUCUCAACACGAGUAUGCUACCUCUGGCACGACCUGAUCAACAAAUCGCGAGCGAUCCAAACCGCAUUGUUCUUCCAGCCGGCCGAAAACACCCCCAGAGGCGAGGCACGCACCGCGAACCCGCUUAUUAUCGAGAAAAUCUGGCCUGAAUACCUCAGUCGAUGCUCGGGUCCCUUUCACAAGAGAUAUUACGAACGCCCCGAGGCCAGUUGGAGAAGGAUGCUCCUCCAUCAGCCUCCAACGACGAAACUGUGCUUUCUCGACUACGCGAGAAACCAGGGCUACCCCAUCACUCCCUUUGAGGCUGGGUAUUGGUGCACCUCACGUUGCCCGCACAAUGGGUUUCCUCGUCUGAAAGACCUGCAGGAGGAAUUGGAGGCCCGCGUGCUGAGGACGUUUGACGAGCGGAUGAUCUUCGUAGAGGGGUCGCCCAUGUAUUCUCAGUGUCGUCCGUGGGGUAUAAUUCAGCCAAGACCUAGCUUCGAUGUGACCGCAGCAGGUUCGUGCGAGACGUGCGAUCUGGUGACUUUUCGGGAUGCUUCACGCGUGGUCGGAGGUGUCUCGGAGUGGGACGGCCAACUGGUAGAAGCCACUGCAGGAUCACUUUUUUGGAUCGCCUUUCCUACGCUCUUCGUUAGCCUCAAGAACCGCCGACCGGACCAGUCCCUGAAGAACUACCAUCACUACGUCGGCUUGGAUGAGGUUCCGAUCUUUCCUUGGGCGGAGGGUUGGCGACGGUAUUAUGACACUAUCAAACGACGCCACAAGUUACAGCAGGAUGGCUGA